AAGUAAAACAGCUGAUUUUGUUAUCUGGGCCGCACUUUGAUCGGCCUUUGAAUAAGAUAUGUUAGAAUCAACAUUGCAGUAACCCCCAUCGACAUGGACUUUCGGAACGCCCGGGCCCGGCAGCCGGAGAUCGUGAGAUCCGUGCAGAAGGAUGCACGGUACACCAACGAGCUGGCUGAAGACUUGUCCGAUGUCUUGCGCCUCACCGGUCCACGGAACUGGAUAAAGUACAACCAGAUGUGCAGGCUGCUGGCGGAGCUCUGUUACCACGGAUUCGCCUCGGCCAAUAACCUUCAGACCCUCGGCGAGGAGUACACGGGAAUAAUUCAGGUGGACGGAAACUACAAGCAGAUUCCCAGCAGAUUGUUACAACUGAUUGCCAUUGUCCUGGAGUUUGGAGGCGACUCCCUGUUUCAACGAUUGAUGCAAAAACUGGAUACCUACGUGGCCAACAAUGAAGAGAUUCGACCCGAGGUCAAGCCGCAGCUAAAGAAGAUUAUUCAGAAGCUCAGGGCAUCUCCCAGCUACGUAAAGGCCCUGCACAAGUCUCUAUUCUACUUGGACGCCAGCAAGUACCAGCUGUCCAAGCGCACCACAGGCAUCAACUACGUACUAAUCCGCCACUGGCUGCAGCCGGAAUUCUCUCUGUACGGCUACAAGAUACUGGGCGUAAUCACUUUCCUGCAGGUCACAGUUUCAUUGGCCAUUAGUGGAUGGGAUGCCUGGCGAGAGCACAAGCGCCAGCAGCUAGAAUCAAUAAAGCAGGCUGGAAAGAAGUUCCUGCAACGAUCUUCGAGUGCAAAAGACUUAGAUCCAAACACCCCACAGUGCAUCCUUUGCCUGGAGCCACGUUCCAACAGCAGUUUGACUCCAUGCGGCCACAUCUUUUGCUGGAGCUGUCUGCUCGAGUGGCUGGAGGAGCGGGAUGAGUGCCCCUUGUGCCGGGAGUCGCUGAAAAAGUCUCAAGUGAUAUUACUGCAAAACUAUGCCUAAGAUUGGAUUAAGAUUGCCCCUGACCUUUUAUAUUCAUGUUAUAGGAAGUAUUUUUGAGUCUAUGUAAUAUAUUUUAUUCAUAUAAA